CGGAAGCAGCCAAACAGGUAUGAAACUAGAUAUUCAAGCCAAACUAUUUAAAUCCGAUUAUUCAUAUAGAUUUUAGAAGAUUUUUUAAUUUUUUUUAUUUCAAGGGAGUAAUACAAGAGUGUUCUUCGUAUUUUAAUUGAAGUUGGAGAAGAGAAGGAAGCGCUGAUGACAUCUUUGGAGAGGAAAUGAUGCAGCAAGUGCACCGAGUGAGCAGCAGGAACCGCGCUGUUUAGUCCCGGAGGGGGCGGAAUAUUAUCCAGUCCGGUGCGGGUUUUGUGCAUUAAGAGCCAGUGCGGGGAUGUUGCAGCAGUAGCACCAGCAUCAGCAUGGAGCUCUGCGGCCAGGGGCGACCUGGCGGACACCUGUAGCUGCAGCCGGGGGGAUGCAGGGCACCACCCGGGACCCCCGCAGGGACCCCCGCCGCGGUGUGUCUGGAGGAGCCAUCGUGGAAAAUGGAUCUGUGGGCAGAGAGCAGCCGGCCUCUGACGUCCGUGGUCACGGCAGGCGUGAGCCCAGCUCCACCUCGUGUUGUGAGUCGGUCCUUCCCAGUUAUAAGCCAUCCUGCUCCUCCACCCCCAUCUACCCCAGUCCCCAGAAAAGUUACUCAGACCUGGAUGCAGACCGCCACAGCUUGACUUCCCAGGACUCAGGAAUCCCCACACUAGAGAUCAACCCCCCAGACCUCCUCAUCUACCACCACCAACAAGCCGGUCACAGAGGCUUUAUCCUGGACUCAAGUCGAGACACUCCGGCCACUUUACCCCUGGAUGAUGAGCCAUGUGACAACAACACCAUACGUAAAUCCUCCACCUUUCCCCGAAGUAACUAUGACUCCAUUCGACUUUUAAGCCCCACUCCCAGAUUAUCGGCCACCCCGGGCUCGGUUACUGGGGGUGGAGCCUUAAACCACAGUGACGUCAUCUCCAUGUGCAGCGUAUCCAGUUUGAGCACAGAACUCUCGGUGUCAAAUGAAAACAUCUUGGAUUCCACCGUCACUUCUGACUCCAGCGCUAUUGUCACCUUGGAGACGGAUGACAGCGGCACGGCUGACUUCUCAGAUGUGACAUUAUCUUCCUCACCAGGAGAUCCCAGACAUUUGAGAAACCCUGCACGACUGCAUCCAGGUUCGGUUUCCAUGCAACAGGAGGAUGGAAGGCAAAAGAAACCGGGACCUUUUGCAAGCUUAUUCAACAGGAGCCUCUUUGCCAGGAAGGUGAACGACAGCCAGCCUGUGGAGCCGAGGGAUGCUGGUUGGAAGCUGUUUGGGAAAAUCCCACCACGCGAAGGCCCCGUCAAGGAUCCAAAGAAAAUACAGAAGGAAUAUGAAGCAAAGAGUGGCAGAGCUGCACCUGGCACCCCGACAUCCCCCAGGCAGAGUGUGAGGAAGAAUCUGGACUUUGAGCCUCUCUCCACCACUGCAUUGAUACUGGAGGACAGACCUGCUAACCUGCCUGCCAAGCCUGCGGAAGAGGCACAGAAGCACAGACAACAGUAUGAAGAGAUGGUGGCCCAGGCCAAGAAGAAGGAGCUGAAGGAAGCUCAGAAGAGGAAGAAGCAGCUAGAGGAUCGAUGCAAACUUGAAGAGAGCAUUGGCACUGCAGCUCAAACCUGGAACCAAGAGAUCUUACCCAACUGGAGUACAAUGUGUACGUCCCGGCGGGUGAGGGACCUCUGGUGGCAGGGCAUCCCCCCCAGCGUGAGAGGCAAAGUCUGGAGCCUGGCAGUCGGCAACGACCUCAACAUCACACAUGAGCUUUAUAGUAUCUGUCUCGCUCGGGCAAAAGAGAAAUGGAAGACCACAACAGCACCAACCACAGACACUGAAGGUAAAGCCGAAGAGCAAACUGAACUUUGGUCAGGGGAAGUGUUCCAUGCCGUGCCAAAGCCAUGUCUGUCUGAUCCAGGUUCUUCGGACCGGGAGUCCAGCCUGGAGCUGAUCAAGCUGGACAUCUCCAGAACCUUCCCCCAGCUGUGCAUCUUUCAGAAGGGCGGGCCCUAUCACGAUGUGCUGCACAGCAUUCUGGGAGCAUACACCUGUUACCGGCCAGACGUCGGCUAUGUGCAGGGAAUGUCGUUCAUCGCAGCAGUUCUGAUCCUGAAUCUGGACACGGCUGAUGCCUUCAUAGCUUUUGCCAACCUGCUCAACAAGCCCUGUCAGAUGGCCUUUUUCAGAGUCGAUCACAGCCUUAUGUUGACAUACUUUGCAGCAUUUGAAGUGUUCUUUGAAGAAAAUCUACCAAAGCUCUUUGCACAUUUCAAGAUAAACAACUUGACCCCUGAUAUUUAUUUGAUAGACUGGAUCUUCACCCUGUACAGCAAGCCGCUGCCCCUGGACCUGGCGUGCCGGGUGUGGGACGUGUUCUGCAGAGACGGGGAGGAGUUCCUGUUCCGCACGGCGCUGGGCCUGCUGCGCCUCUACCACGACGUCCUGACCUGCAUGGACUUCAUCCACAUGGCUCAGUUCCUGACUCGCCUCCCCGACCUCGUCCCCGCCGAGCAGCUCUUCCAGCACAUCGCUGCUGUCCACAUGACCAGCCGCAACAGGAAAUGGGCUCAGGUCCUGCAGGCGUUGACUGAGCAGAAGAAAUUAGGAGUGAGACAAUCCGGUGCCGAAGCGAUGAGCUGAGAUCAGAGGGAAUACAUCGCACACUUCCUCCCUCAGUCAGAUCCUCUCCAGGAAACCUUCAGAAAAAAGCCUGGACCCUCGCCAGACCAGAUCCACCUGAAAGAGACAGACCUUCCAUCAGAGUUACAGCUGCUAUGAUCAAACUACUCUCCAUAUUGCUGUGUCAGUGUCCUGACAGCACGCUGGAGGAGGCUCCGAUCAGGCCUGAGUGUGAAACAGAAAUAUGAGGCCUUAUUUAACUGUCUAUACCGCCUGGAAAUUGUAACUAGGAAAAGGUGACGAAUGUAAGACACACUUCCACAUUCAUGUACAUACCGGGGUGAGUGAGACCUUCACGGACCAGAGGAAACCAGAGAUUCCAGCUACCGCUGUAACCCUUCCCACUCGUCUUAAUCCUCUGCUGUCAGCACUCUCUCAGCAUCGCUGUGUUUGCUUCCUGAGUUCAGGUUAUGUUGAUGAACUUCUGUCUUUGACACUAGCAAGUGGAAUAUUAGCUCGUUUCUCAGCGUAUCGGUACUUUUUUUGUUCCCUCAACACUGGAGUCAUUCCUUCAGGCAGUGUUGUGCAAGUUCAUACUUCUCAUGAACCAGUUCAUAGUUCAGUUCACAUCGUUUAAUUAAUAAUUCACGUUCAUAGUUCACCAUUUUCACUUUGAACUAGUUCAAAUUCAGUUCAUUUCAGUAUUUUUCGGUCAGAAG